GAUUGAUGUUGCAAUCGGUUGGAUUGAUAUAGCGUUUUGAUAAUGCUUAAGCUUAAGCAAAUUAGGUAGUUAUUUUAUAUAAUUAUUUCAUUCAUUUGACAUUGCCUGUCUAACUAUCGCCUUAUUGAUUAUUGUAGUAAUGUACGGUUAGUCAAAAAUAAUCCAUACAAAUACUUUAUUAUCACCACAUGAACUUGAUACGUGCACAUUUGUCAUUUUAUAGCGCUGGCAACUGACAUUUAAAACAAAUAACCGAUUCAAGCUUGACGCUUGUCUGUCUGACGUACGUCUCUGUGAUAAACCUGCAACUUUUGUGUUUUCUAUAAUUGUGUUAUUUAUAUAAUUCUAAAUAAAAAUGUCUUCAUCGGAUUCUGAAGAUGAUAGCUUUUUGAAUCCUACUCAACAACUUAAGUCCAUGAUGAACAACUUUAAAGCGGAUACGGACUGUAACUUGAACGAUUCCAUACCACUCGACAUUGUACCAACAACAUCACCAUCAAAAAGCAAGAAGACGAAGAACAAAUCCCCAUCAAAGAAAAGAAAGAAAUCUACAGAUUCGUGCAGUAGUGAUUCUAUAACUAUAGAAGAUUUCUGUGCUUUAUACCCGCCUAUAAACGACGCAAGACCCAAACGAAACACAAGGAGUUCAGCAAAGAGGACUGCUGGUGCGCAAAAUUCACCAAACUUGGCUGAUAUUCAAAAGUCAUUGCCCAAACGUAAAAGUAAAAAAAGUAACAUCUCUAUUUCCAGUACUACCACUAUGGAUACUGAAAUGGCGGGAAAUUCGAGUAGAAAUGUUGAAAUCGAACUACCGUCGCCUUCACCACGCGGGCGAGGUAGAGGACGCGGCAGAGGCAGAAAUAGCAGAAAUAAAAGGCAUUCUAGAAAUUAUUCCGGAGCUCACAGUAUUUUAAAUGUCCUACAAGCAAUGAUACCUAUAUAUAGUGUUGGAAACACUGAUGAAUACCCUGACCAGUGUGAUGACCAGCAGUUAUUCAGCAACCAAAAAUCCAGUGACGUCGUAGAAAUAGAAGACUUAAAUGAAACUUUAGAGGAAAACGAAUUGAUGUCUGUAAAAGUUGAAUGGAGAAGCAAAACAAUCUUAAAAUUUGAGUUACGGAAAUAUCAAAAAUUAACACCAAUAUUUGAGCAUUUUAGUAAAGCUGAAAAUGUGAGUUAUGAUAAACUAUACUUUUCAUAUAAUGGAAAAAUUAUCAAGCCAGAAGAUACCCCAGACUCAAUAGAAUACAGUAUUGCUAAAUUUAUAGACGGUGGAAUAGUCAGUCAAAGUGUGGUUUCUGUGUCAAGCAAUGAAAAUGAAAUCAGAAACGGAAUAAAGCUUAAGUUCCAGUGUCAGAAUGUAAAGAAGCCGUUUGAGAUUAUUGUGGGGCCGGAGGAUAAAAUGGCUAUGGCCAUGUUGAGGUGUGCUGAGCAUUUUGAGAAACCUUUUGAAAAGCUCAAAUUUGAAUUUGAUGGUGAUAUUAUUUCGGGUAAAAACACGCCGAGAGAGUUAGACCUUGAAGGUGGAGGAUGCAUCGAUGUAAAAAUACUGAAUUGAAUGAACUUAUAAUACAUAUUAUUUUAUUUUAGAA